AUGACGAGGAAGAUUGCGAAGGCGCUGUUGAAUACACACGAAAUGAUGAAGACGAUGAUGGCCAAAUUCGGUCGCGCUCUCGACAAAGAUUCUGGAAUCACGGGACUCAAAGCGUUGGGUGUGCGCGAUUUGACUUAUAAGCUCGCGUUUCUGGCGUGUCACAUUCAGCACAACGACAGUCUAAUUGGCGGUGAAGCGGCGAACGCGAUCGAGGAGACCGACUAUUUCGAGUUGUGGCAAAAAAUGAGCGCCGAAGAGAGGGCGACACUCAAACAGAUGAGCGAUGAUCCGAAAGUUGAGGAGAAUAUUGUCGAAUCGCUAUUCCCGAAUAUUUAUGGAAACUAUGAGGUCAAACUCGGUGUUCUUUUGAUGCUUCUUGGAGGUGUUCCGAAGAAGAGCAAACACGAGGGAACCGCACUUCGUGGUGAUAUUAAUGUGUGUUUGGUUGGCGACCCAUCGACAGCGAAAUCGCAAGUUUUGAAGACCAUCGAGGAAUUCAGCCCCCGCGCGAUUUACACAUCCGGAAAGGCGUCGUCUGCUGCUGGAUUGACGGCCGCUGUUGUGAAAGACGAAGAGUCUUUUGAAUUUGUCAUUGAAGCUGGAGCGUUGAUGCUUGCGGAUAAUGGAGUUUGCUGUAUUGACGAGUUUGACAAAAUGGAUCAGAAGGAUCAGGUGGCUAUUCAUGAGGCUAUGGAGCAGCAAACGAUCUCGAUCACAAAGGCCGGUGUGAAAGCGACGCUUAACGCUCGUGCCUCGAUUCUUGCCGCUGCGAAUCCGGUCGGUGGAAGGUACGAUCGAUCGAAGCCGCUCAAAUACAAUGUGCAAAUGUCGACGCCGAUUAUGUCGCGUUUCGAUUUGUUCUUUGUGCUUGUCGAUGAGUGCAAUGAGGUUACCGAUUAUGCGAUCGCCCGGAGAAUUCUUGAUAAUCAUCGAGCGAUCAAUGAGCACGUGCCGCGGGCGACGCCCUACAAAAUCGACGAUAUCAAGAAGUAUAUCGCUUUUGCGAGAUGCUUCAAGCCAAAGAUUUCGGACGAGGCUGCUGCCGAACUCGUUCGCGAGUAUAAAAAGCUUCGUAUGUCGGACAGCAAUAAUGCGGCAACUUCGUCAUGGAGAAUCACUGUUCGACAACUUGAAUCGCUUGUGCGACUCUCCGAGGCUCUUGCGAGGCUUCAUUGCGGUCGCGAGGUGAAAGCUGAGCAUGUGAAUCAGGCGGCGAAACUGCUCAACAAGUCGAUUGUUAGAGUGGAGAAAGCGGAUGUUGAUCUUGAGGAUGAUGAUUUCGACAAAGAUAUUAUCGUUGUGGAAGCGAACAAAGAGAAUGAGGAAGAACGAAUGGAGCAUGAUGGAGAGGAUGCAGAGAAUCUGAAGCCUAAGGCAAUCGACCCAGCGAAACUGAAAUUAAAAUAUGAGGAUUACAAGAAAAUGUCGGAUGUGCUCAUUCUUCAUAUGAGAGCCGACGAAGACAAACUCGGUGAUGAGGAUUAUGGAGGUGUGAAGCAGAGCGAGCUGGUCGAUUGGUAUCUCAACACGAUUGAAGAAGACCUUGGUUCGGAAGAAGAUUACCUCGUGCAGAAGACGGUCUGCGAGAGAGUCAUUCGCCGUCUGAUUCAUGACGAGCGUGUUCUUCUCGAAGUCGAACAAGGCGAUGACCCGACACUUUGUGUGCAUCCAGACUACGCCGUGACUGACGAAUGA